AUGGCUUCGUUCCCCGAGACCGACUUCCAGAUCUGCCUGUUGUGCAAGGAGAUGUGCGGCUCCCCGGCGCCGCUCUCCUCCAGCUCGUCUGCGUCGUCGUCGUCCUCGCAGACGUCCACGUCGUCUGGUGGUGGCGGCGGGGGUCCGGGGGCCGCGGCGCGCCGCCUGCACGUCCUGCCCUGCCUGCAUGCUUUCUGCCGCCCGUGCCUCGAAGCGCACCGGCUGCCGGCGGCGGGCGGCAGCGCGCCAGGAGAGCCACUCAAGCUGCGCUGUCCCGUGUGUGACCAGAAAGUAGUACUGGCCGAGGCGGCGGGCAUGGAUGCGCUUCCCUCGUCUGCCUUCCUGCUCAGCAACCUGCUCGACGCCGUGGUGGCCACUGCAGACGAGCCGCCGCCCAAGAACGGGCGUGCCGGAGCCCCGGCGGGCGCGGGCGGCCACAGCAACCACCGGCACCACGCGCACCACGCGCACCCGCGCGCGUCCGCCUCGGCCCCGGCGCCACUCCCGCCCGCGCCGCCACCACCCGCGCCUUCCCGCUCUGCGCCCGGUGGUCCCGCUGCCUCUCCUUCCGCGCUACUGUUGCGUCGGCCUCACGGCUGCAGCUCCUGCGACGAGGGCAACGCGGCCUCGUCGCGCUGCCUGGACUGCCAGGAGCACCUGUGCGACAACUGCGUCCGCGCGCAUCAGCGCGUGCGCCUCACUAAGGACCACUACAUCGAGCGGGGCCCGCCAGGUCCCGCCGCCGCCGCCGCCGCGGCGCAGCAGCUCGGUCUCGGACCGCCCUUCCCUGGCGCGCCCUUCUCCAUCCUGUCCGUGUUCCCCGAGCGCCUCGGCUUCUGCCAGCACCACGACGAUGAGGUGCUGCAUCUGUACUGUGACACCUGUUCGGUGCCCAUCUGCCGUGAGUGUACGAUGGGCCGGCAUGGGGGCCACAGCUUCAUCUACCUCCAGGAGGCGCUGCAGGACUCGCGGGCACUUACCAUCCAGCUGCUGGCCGACGCGCAGCAGGGCCGCCAGGCAAUCCAGCUGAGCAUCGAGCAGGCCCAGACGGUGGCAGAGCAGGUGGAGAUGAAGGCAAAGGUGGUACAGUCGGAGGUCAAAGCUGUGACGGCAAGGCACAAGAAGGCCCUGGAGGAGCGGGAGUGCGAGCUGCUGUGGAAGGUGGAGAAGAUCCGCCAGGUGAAAGCCAAGUCCCUGUACCUGCAGGUGGAGAAGCUGCGGCAGAGCCUCAACAAGCUGGAGAGCACCAUCAGUGCCGUCCAGCAGGUGCUGGAGGAGGGCCGGGCGCUGGAUGUCCUGCUGGCCCGGGACCGCAUGCUGGCCCAGGUGCAGGAGCUGAAGACCGUGCGCAGCUUCCUGCAGCCCCAGGAAGACGACCGUGUCAUGUUCACACCCCCUGACCAGGCCCUGUACCUCGCCAUCAAGUCAUUCGGCUUCGUUAGCAGUGGGGCCUUCGCGCCACUCACCAAAGCCACGGGGGAUGGCCUCAAGCGGGCCCUCCAGGGUAAGGUGGCCUCCUUCACAGUUAUUGGCUACGACCAUGAUGGGGAGCCUCGCCUCUCUGGGGGCGACCUGAUGUCAGCCGUGGUCUUGGGCCCUGAUGGCAACCUGUUUGGUGCCGAGGUGAGUGACCAGCAGAACGGGACCUAUGUGGUGAGUUACCGGCCGCAGCUGGAGGGCGAGCACCUGGUGUCGGUCACCAUGUGCAAUCAGCACAUCGAGAACAGCCCCUUCAAGGUGGUGGUCAAGUCAGGCCGCAGCUACGUGGGCAUCGGGCUCCCGGGCCUGAGCUUUGGCAGCGAGGGCGACAGUGAUGGCAAGCUCUGCCGCCCCUGGGGCGUGAGUGUGGACAAGGAGGGCUACAUCGUCGUGGCCGACCGCAGCAACAACCGCAUCCAGGUGUUCAAGCCAUGUGGCACCUUCCACCACAAAUUUGGCACCCUGGGCUCCCGGCCCGGGCAGUUCGACCGGCCAGCUGGCGUGGCCUGCGAUGCCUCCCGCAGGAUCGUGGUGGCUGACAAGGACAAUCAUCGCAUCCAGGUCUUCACGUUUGAGGGCCAGUUCCUGCUCAAGUUCGGCGAGAAGGGAACCAAAAAUGGGCAGUUCAACUACCCUUGGGACGUGGCGGUGAAUUCUGAGGGCAAGAUCCUGGUCUCUGACACCCGCAACCACCGGAUCCAGCUGUUCGGGCCGGACGGUGUCUUCCUGAAUAAGUACGGCUUCGAGGGGGCUCUCUGGAAGCACUUUGACUCCCCCCGUGGUGUGGCCUUCAACCACGAGGGCCACUUGGUGGUCACCGACUUCAACAACCACCGGCUCCUGGUCAUCCACCCUGACUGCCAGUCCGCGCGCUUCCUGGGCUCCGAGGGCACGGGCAAUGGGCAGUUCCUGCGCCCACAGGGUGUGGCCGUGGACCAGGAGGGGCGCAUCAUUGUGGCCGACUCCAGGAACCACCGCGUGCAGAUGUUCGAGUCCAAUGGCAGCUUCCUGUGCAAGUUUGGCGCCCAGGGCAGUGGCUUUGGGCAGAUGGACCGCCCGUCCGGCAUCGCAGUCACCCCCGACGGGAUGAUUGUGGUGGUGGACUUUGGCAACAAUCGGAUCCUCAUCUUCUGA